AUGGCUCGUCGGAAGCAGACAAACCCGCAGAGAACCGGUGCAGAGGGGGCAGCAGAUACCCCGCAACAAGUGGCCACACCAAUUGCUUGCAGCAAACGCCCCACAGCCCCUCAAUCGCUCAAACUCCCACCCUUCAAAGAAUGGGUUGAGAUCCAAUCUGCGGCCCUGGAGUCUGCCUGUGUGCCAUUCGCCGAGCUGUCCCUUCAGAGUCUAGAAUCAGAUUUUUGGGAAGGGGCAAACCCCGCUGCACUGAAGUUUGAUUUUUCGGAAGGACCUUCAGCGGUCAGCCUGCGUGUUCCAGUUCUGCGGAACACCCUGCGGCAGCCAUACAAUCCCCAGGAAGUGGUCUGCCAGGUGUCCAUCGAAAGUGCCGUCCAGCCACAGACCCCCAGAACUGAGCCAGCAAACAUAGCAGCUGGAGGUAAGAACCAUAUCUCUGAAGCAGCAGAAACCGACAGUUUGGGGGUUUUGGGCGUGUUUGAUGGGCCGUCAUCAGGGGUUUCGGCGCUGGUGGAUCUUGUCAGGGGGGGCUUGGUCACCUUACAGGCAGUAGAAUCCUCAACCCUUCGAAACGGAAGCGCCCAAGAUCUAACAACCCAAGAGCCUCGAAAGGACUUCUCUCCAUCCAGCCAGGCAGGCCGAAGUCCCGUCUUACCGAGUACCCCUGGAACACCGCAGAGGGCCCAAACCCCGUCCCAUAACCAAGCCUCUAAGAGCGGAAGCCCUGGUUUCAAUCCUCUUUCUCAGAGGGAAACAGAAGCCCAGCCCCCCUUAGCCAGUCUGCCAAGAGUACGCGUGUGGCUCAACCCCGCUGCGUUUGCGGACGCUCCGUCUGGGCCCUCAGAUGAACAGCGAAGACCAGCAUACGCUGCGAUGCAGUGUCUCUUCCAGUGGGUGCGCCCAGACCUGGAUCACAGGGUUGAGUCAACGGGGUUCGAGGGGGUUUGGCGCCUGGAAGAAAAGAGCUUGGGAAGCGAGACCCCGCAGAAGGGAGAGCAACUGAACAAGGGGGAAGAGGAAGGGGCGGAGGUUAGUGACAGGAAAGGGAAGCGGAAACUAGACGAAGACGGGGGGUUGGAUCUGGGGCUGGAUCAUGGGGGAGGAGACGAGCAUGGUCAUCACGGGGGGUUCGAUGCGAAGGAGCUGUACGCGGCUGUAAGAACCUGCAGGGAUGCGCCCAUGUUGAGCGGCCACUUCCCCGCCCUCCUCCCCACCCUCCGCCCGUACCAGCGCCGCGCCGCCGCCUGGAUGGUUGCCUGCGAGCGAGGACCCAAUUCUACUUCCCCCGAUAGCCCUUCCACUUCAGAAUCAGUACACCGCAGCUACGGUGGACUCGAUUCUACUUCAACUCCGGGGGCUCCCGGUUUGGAAUCGGUCCACCCGCUGUGGCUGCAAGCAGAGGCGUUGGAAGGCGGGGAGUCUUUUUGGUAUAACCCGUUCACGGGGCGGCUCUCGAGGACGGGGUUUUCAGCGGGGGGCCACGUGCGAGGCGGUAUUCUGGCCGACGAGAUGGGCCUCGGCAAGACCGUCGAGCUCCUUGCGUGCAUCCUCGCGCACCCCUGGCCAGGAAGCGGCGCGGCCGCCGACAGGGCCUCCGCUGAUGCUGCCGCGCACAUCGCCCGGAGACGAAAAGAGCGCAUUGAGUGUUCCUGCGGGGAAACUAGCGACGACGAGUCAUACGGGGGCAGUUGGGUUCAGUGCGAUAAGUGCCUCGCUUGGCAGCACGCUGUCUGCGUGGGUUAUGUACCCAAGAAGCGGAGGCGGGUUAGGGUUAAGGGCGGGUUAGGGGCGGAGGCGGGUUUGGGGAAGGUUGGGGGCGGGUUAGGCGUAGAACCGAGCCGGAAUGUGGUGAAUUCCGGAAGAGAGAGGAAGGAUGAAGCGAGGAAUGGCGAGGAGAGAAGAAUUGGAGCAGAGGGGAAAGAGGGAGCGCGGAAGAGGAUGGAGGGAGAGGAGAUGGCAAAUGGCGGUGAUGUUAUGGGCACGGAUGGCGAGGUUUUGAAAAAGGAAGGAGAGGUGACGCGGCAAGGAGCAGGCGCAAUGGGUCAGGAGGCAAAGGCUAUUGGGCAAGCGGCAAACGCUAUGGAGCAAGCCGGGGGAUCUGCGGACGAGCCAAGUCAUCCGACGUCAGCACCCGCCGUCAGCGGAAACGAGCCAACCGACGGCGGACAGGACGGAAGCCGGCGGACUCUGAAGCGGAAACGGACAGCGGAGAGCGAGGGAACGAGCUUGGGGACAGUCAAGGAAGACUCGUAUGUGCCGUUUACGUGCGGGGAGUGUUCGGCGCUCCUGGGGGGAGUGCGAGUGGAGGGAGAGGUUGGGGCCACGCUGAUCGUGUGCCCGACCGCGAUCCUGCAGCAGUGGCGGGAGGAGAUUGCCAAGCACACCCGCCCCGGCGCUGUCAAAGUCGUCGUUUACGAAGGGGUCCAACGGGCCGCAAACCCCUCGAAGACCGAUGCUGACGCGGACUUGACGUCAGCAGGCGGCGCGGCGUCGGCCGUGGUGGGCGCUCACGACCUCGCCAGGGCUGACGUCGUGCUGACGACGUACGAUGCGCUGAGGGCGGACUUGGCGCACGAGCCGGCAGGGUGGGGCGAGGCAGGCGGACGGGCCCUGCGGUCCAAGAAGCGGUACCAAGUGGUGCCCACCCCUCUGACGCGGCUGACGUGGUGGCGCGUGUGCCUGGACGAGGCGCAAAUGGUCGAGAGCAGCACAGCAAAGGCGACGGAGAUGGCGCUCAAGCUGCGGGCCGUCAACCGGUGGUGCAUCAGCGGCACCCCCAUCCAGCGCGGCUUGGAGGACCUCUACGGACUGCUCAAGUUCCUGCGAGCGGACCCGUUCGACUCGCGGUUCUGGUGGAACCGGGCAUUCCAGGGCCCCUACGAGGCUGGCCACGUGGCGGCCAAACGGAGGGCCCACGUAUUCCUACGGGCGCUGAUGUGGCGCAACUCAAAGGCCGACGUUCAGGACGAGAUCGGGCUGCCGCCGCAGCAGGAGCGCAUCGACCGCCUGCGCUUCUCCGCCGUCGAGGCCCACUUCUACAGGCGUCAGCACGAUGUCGUCGCCGCUCAGGCCCGUGACGUCAUCCGCAAGCACCGGCGGGCUGCCCUGCCACGGUCUCGUCAAAAUCCUCACAAGAAAACGGCCCCUCAUUCUGGACCAUCCGAUCCCGCCGGACCCGUUUCGGGGCCGUCCGAUGCUGCCAGCGGCAAUCCUGGGCCGUCCGAUGGAUCUACCGAUCACAAGGGCGUCCAAAUCGCAAGAGAAGAGUCGCCUUUCGAGGAUCUUGCUGACGAAACGCUGACGCACGCCGAGGCGGCCAAGCUGAUGGUCCCGCUGCUGCGGCUGCGCCAAGCGUGUUGCCACCCGCAGGUCGGGAGUUCCGGCAUCCGGUCGCUGACGCAGCAGCGCAGCCCGAUGACGAUGGAGGAGAUCCUGGGGGUGCUCGUGGAGAAGGCGCGCGUCGAGGCCGAAGAAGCGCAGCGCCUCAUGGUGUCCUCCCUGAACGGGCUCGGAGGCUUGGCCCUGAUCGAGGGCGACCGUCCGGCAGCAAUCAAAGCGUAUCGAGAGGCCCUCGGCGUUGUUGAGGAAAACGAGGUUAAGGACGGGAUCAGGACUGACCCACUGCAGAAGCUGCACACACUGCAUAACCUGGCGCAGGCGCUUGGUUACCGGCCUAACCCGUUUUCGGUUGCCCUUCUGGGGGGAGAGAACACUGGAAACGAGGGGUCCGAUCAGGAGAAAACGGAAGGGGCGAGGAGAAAGGAGCUAGUAGGGCCAAGUGGUGAGGAGGACCGGAAGGGGAAGCGGAAGAUAGAGGACGGAACGGAAACGGAAAGCAACGGAACAGAGCGGAAGAAGCGACGGAUCAGUUCGGUGGACCAAGACGAGAUUGUGGUGGAAGGGGGGGGUGGUUGUCAGGAGGUAAAGCUGCCCCCCGACGUGCCGAGGACGCUGCGGGACGAUAAGCUAUUGGACGAGGCAGAGGAGAUACGCGGGCGAUACGUGGCAGCUUUUCAGGCGAAGCUGGCGGCGGCGGACAAAGAGUACCAGAAAGUGCAUACGGAGGUGGUCGAGAGCACCGAGGCGUGUCGACGCGAGCCCGGGGGGUCGUGCUGGUGGGUGGGUUACCUGCGUGCAUUACCCCCCCGAAACGAGGAAGCGCUGGUGGAUUACGUGAAGGAAAAGCUGCUGGAGAACGACCGGGGGCAUCUUGACAGCCGCCAGAAGAACGCCAGCAACCUCGCGCUGCGGUUCCGUGACAUUGGCGGCUUGCAAUACGUCCUCCAAUCAGAGCUCGCCGCGGUUGAUGCCAGCAGGGGGGCGCUGCUAGAGUCGCUGCACGCCCUGAGCGGCCCCCCCACGGAGGAGCUGGUCGAGAGGGCCGGGGAUUGCGCCACGUGUCACACGGACAUGCGCGGGGAGAUGUGCGCGCACUGUGCGAUGGACGAGCUGUUCCAGAACUACGAGAGCCGGCUGUUCAAGCUCAAGGCGAACGCGAUGGGGGUCGGAAUGGUGGUCACAGCUGAGGAGGCGAUCUCGGCGCAGUCCAAGAAGUUCGCGCGCGGCCGCGCCCACUUUGUGGCGGGCAUCAAGGGCGACGUCGACAAGCCGCCGCAAGAGGGGCCGCAGCUGUGGGACGACGCCGGCAAAGGGCUCCGCCAGGGCAUGGCUUCGACCGCUGCGGACGUCCAGACCUCGUGGGCGCCCUCGGACGCCGAAAGGAUCCUACGCUGCAUCCUGGAUUUCAUGCGGCGCAACAGUGGCGCAAACAGCGGAGAAGGAGCCGUCAGAGCUGCCAAGAAGCAUCUGGAGGCGAUGGAGGGCAUGCGCCGCGAGUUCUUCAAGGCGCGGCUCCUGGCGGGCGCGCAGCGCGCGCUUCUGUACGCGCUCGACGAACUAGGCAUGGCGGUCACUCGGGUGCGGCUGCGGCUGCCGGGUGAAACGUUCGAGUCGGAGGUCGAAAAGAACGUUACCGUGCAGAAAUUUGAAAUUCCGGUGAUGAACGCCCGGUUCACGAGCGAGAAGUUUGCGGCGCAGGAGGACCUGAAGAAGCGCAAGGGUUCGUUGACGUAUCUGAAGACCCUCAAAGAGACGCGCGAUCGAGCAGCCUCUGCGGCGUCCAGCGGUCCCGGCCCCUCCGACGCUCCAAAACGUCCAGAUGCGCUGCCGGCUGAAGCCGCUGACGGAGGCGGAUCUCCUUCAAACUUAGCUGCUGAUGCAAAAGCAAACUCGAUCGGGGGGAGGGCUUUGACGCUGGACAGUCCAAGCAACCUGUCUUCCGAGGAAGUGCUCGGUCCUUCUCAACCGGGCAGCCCUGGCAGCCUGGGCAAGGGAUCCAUUCCCGGAAGCAGUGCCAGCAUCGAGUCCCCUGGAGACUCUGAACCGAGCACUGACCCGGGGAGCACUAACCCGGGGGGAUCAAAACUGAGCACUAACCCGGGAGGGUCUGAACCGAGCAGUAACCCGGGGGGGUCUCAACAGAGCACUAGCAUGGGGGGGUCUCGACCGAGCACAAGCGACCAAGCGGUGCCGCCUGCUACCGCCGCGCCGGGGAGCAGUAGCGGAUUGGGGAAGGAUCUACUGGGCAGUGACGAGAUCUGUCCCGUGUGCCAGGAGCGCUUGGGAGUGGAGCUGAUGGUCCUACCGUGCGGUCACAUGCUGUGCUGCAAAUGUGCACUGAAGAUGAUCGAACGCCUGGGCCCCGCCCCUUCCGCUUCCUCCCCCGACCGCCGGAAGCUGACGUGUCCAACCUGCCGCCAAAAGACGUACGUGGGCGACAUAGCCGUCGUGAACGGAGUGGCCGGAGUACGAAAACCGGGCGGUGCAGGCGGUGCCAAGACUCAGCUAGAAGCGGUCGGAGUAGAGGACCGGGUGGAAGUCAAAGGGUCUCUGUCAACCAAGAUGGAUGCCGUUGUGCGGAGGGUACUUUGGGUGUCGGAAAAUGACCCUGCCGCCAAGUUCCUCAUCUUCUCCACGUGGCACGACGUCCUCGACCUAGUCGCCCACGCCCUCCGCUCCAACGGCGUCCCCUUCGAGCGCGCCAAGGGCCGCGCCGGCCUAAACCCCGCCAUCAAGCGCUUCCGGAAACCCUUCCCCGCGGGCGCGCGCGCGCUUUUGCUUCCGAUCGCGCAGGGCGCAAACGGCCUAAACCUCGUCGAAGCUCAGCACGUGGUUUUGGUGGAACCUCUGCUAAACCCGGGGGCCGAGGCGCAGGCGGUUGGGAGAGUGCACCGAAUCGGCCAAAUGCGCCCGACGUUCGUCCACCGGUUCAUCAUCGAGGGGUCGGUGGAGGAGGGGGUUUUGGCGCUCGGGAAGAAGAAGGCGGAGGCGGACGGGGGAGAGCUUAUGGGGCUCCGGAAAACGCGGGCGGAGGACGCUCUGACGCUCAGAGACCUCGGGUCGCUGUUUGGCAAAGAAGGAGAGGAUGAAAGGCACGUGGAUGGUGACGUGGCGGACGGGGCGCUCAUGUUACAGUCGGCAAGCGAAGAUAGUGGGCUUGAGGGUCAGGUGAUGGGACACGUGGCGCCAGGAGAGGCUGCGGCUUUGGCGGCGGAAGCGCGCAGGGACGCGGCUCUAAGGCAAGGGGAGGAAUGAGUGCUUGACAACGUUCUAUAGUUAGGAGAAACAUGUCCAGUUCCGCAGGCGGUGGGUCAGGCAUUGUACACGCUUUCGAAUGGCCACACAUUGACACGUUGAUUGUCGACUAUAACUCUGUAACAAAGUUCAAAGCUUGCAGAACUUGGGAACUGCACAUGCUGGUCUUUCGCUGGCUUGGCACCGUGCUCUACCAAGCAUGUCCGAUCAACCUUUUAUAGUGGCUCAAGGUCAUUUAACGUAUGGAU